CUCGCGGACGGUGGCCGACAGGCUGCGCGGCCGCCGGCGCGCAGAGCGAUGCAGCUGCCACCCGCGCUGCGCUCCCGUCUGCUGGGGGCACCCGGGGCGGCUAAGCCGCUGCCUGUGGAGCGGGACCCCGCGGCCGGGGCCCCGCCCUUCCACUUCGCGGCGCGGCGGGUGCGCUUCCCGCGGGACCACGAGUUCUUCGAGGACGGGGAUGUGCAGCGACACCUCUACCUCCAGGACGUGCUCACGCAGGUGACAGAGUCGCCCGAGAGGCCCAGGGUGCCCGAGUUCACCUGCCAGGCGGCGGGGUGCUGCCAGGUGUUCGACUCGCUGGAGAACUACGAGCACCACUACCACACCCUGCACAGAAACGUCUGCUCCUUCUGCGGACGGGCCUUCCCGUCCGUCCACCUGCUGGACGUCCACAUCCUGGAGUGGCACGACUCGCUGUUCCAGAUCCUGUCGGAGCGGCAGGACAUGUACCAGUGCCUGGUGGAGGGCUGCGCGGAGAGGUUCCGGAGCGGCGGAGACCGGAAGGAGCACCUGGUGCGGCUGCACCUGUACCCGGCGGACUUCCGGUUCGACAGGCCGAAGAGGAGCGGAGGCCCAGCCACGCCCGGGGCCGCCGUCCAGGACUCAGCCGAAGCUCUGGGGGAGGGCGAGGAGCAGUCCGGAGGGGACGCCAUGGAAGUCUGCCCCGAGCGCGCAGCCCCCCGCCCCGAACCUGUGGGCCAGCGGCGGACGUCCAGCCACAGAAUACCUUCUACCAUCUGUUUUGGUCAAGGUGCGUCACGAGGAUUUAAAAGCACCAAGAAAAGAAAGGAACACCAGUGACAAUAUGGACAGAGAGCCACAGGCCUCCCAGCAGACCCCGGGGCACAGUUGCCUUUGGCAGGAUGCAGUGUCCGUGGUGCGGCUUCUCUUGCCUUCUGGUGCAGCCACCCUAGAACUUGGGCCUUUGCCACCCUUGAUGCCAGUCCCUUGAUGGACCAUCGUGUGACCGCAGAAGCACAGACAGGCCCACCGUUUCCAGAAGUGGCCCCAACACGUGGUCUGGGGAAUGAAAUGGGGGCCACCAUCCUGCUUCCCUCUGCAGGGCUGGGACACUGAGCUUUGUAAACUCGUAAACCCUUGCCUCUGACAGUCUCCGGUCAUCACCUGUGUAUUGUUGGGCUGGGGACAGGAGAGAGCUGCCCGAGGCUGAUCUGUUCUCCGUGCUCCAUCUCAGGAAGAUUUACGAAGUGGCAGACCCCCCGGGGGUGAGGGCAGCACGUGGCACUGAGUUGCUGAUGGUCGUGGCUUGGCGAGAGGCUCCUGGGUCACCCAUCCACCACAUCCGUGAUGGGACCUGAUGGGUCUGGUGAGAACCAGGGACGGCUUGUGUGCCUCAGCAGGGGCGCCUGGUGCCGCAGAGGGCAGUGCGGCCGGGGUGGUUUCUCCAAGGAAAGACUGUGAUGGUGCAGAGGAGGGAGGGGGCUUUGGCUGGAGCUCCAGUGCCUGGCCAGUCGGGCCCGGCAGCAAUGGGGCGGAGUUGUUGAACGCUCUCACAGAUGAGCUAAGGUCGCCAUCGGGAAAGUGGCUCUGGAAGCACCCAAACAGAAGCAGCGGCAUCCGUCGGGGCUCUCAGGGCCUGGCCGAGCGGGGGCCCAACAGCGGGGUCUCUCCACGGCCCCGUCCCCAUCAUGCGUGCACCUGGGGCACGCCUGGGCUGGCGGCUGGCUGGCUCCGGGUCAGCCAGCAGCAGGAGGGUGGGGCUCCUUCCUGUCGCACCUCCAGCCUGUCCUUUCCAGGCUCUGGGCUCGGUCAGAGGCAGCUGGUGGCCAUCUGUGGCUCUCCUGGCCUGGAGGCUGCUGCCCCAGCUUCUGCUGAGCCACACCCGUCGCUCUCCGGAGUCUGGGGCAAAGGGACUGUCAGGGCUGGCGUGUCACACCAGAUGUUUCACUCAGUAAAAGCUCUAACUUAAGGGAAAAGUCCAAAACCUAAAGCACAGGUCCUGGAACAUCAGCAAGAGACCUAGUGUACACUUUGUGGGUUGGGGGGUGGCGGUGUCCAGCCGUGGCUAGGGGCGAUGUGGCAGGGCUGCCCCAGAGUCCCUUCUUUGGCUCUUGAAAAGCACAACAUGGAGAAAAAUGCAAACACACAAAACUCCCAUUCUGUCUCCAUCCACCUCCCCUCCGAGACCUUUCCUUCCCCAGCUCCGUGCAUGUGGUCGUCUCUGGCCUUUCCACCGCGGCUCGUUCUGGGGAAGGUCGUUGUCCACGGCGUCGGCCCCUGUGAGGCUGUUGUGUAGUCUUGGGACUGGCCUGGGUUCCUUGCUUCAGCCCCACCCAGAAAGCUACGCCUUCAGUCUGUCCUGGCUUUUCUGAGAGGUGGGGUACGUCCGACUUCACUGUGGAGCGUUUCUGCUGCCAAACCUGGGCGUGGUUUCCAGGUCCAGUGUGAAGGGAAAACUCGAUGGGACCCGUUGAUGACGAGCUCGUUUGCAGGGUGCGUGGCAGCCAGACGUCAGGACAGGCUGUCAGCAAGUAUUUGGAGAUGCUGAGCCUACAUUUGUCUAUUUUUGGUGGGAAACGGGAUUAUUAUGCUUAGUUUACAUGAAACAGUCAACACUUCGUUAUUUGGGAGCCUGGAGCCCAUUGGGGUGACCCCAUUUGUCCCUAAUCAGUGUGUGCGGUGCUCAGGCCUGCCGGGAGCAGAGCACUGGGCCUUGCUCCUGUCCUGGGGCACCAUGUCCUCAGCCUUUGCCGAGUUCCUCAAAAUCAUACUAAGAACCUCAUGAGUCAGCUCAGUGCCCCUUGGCUCACCUUUUCUCCUCUUUUUGUGCCUUACUUUAGAUGGAGUAGGUUUCUAUUCUCAUUCUGACAUUUGGGAGGUUAGGCACUCGUUUUAUCAGAAAUGUUAAUAUGUGAGUACUUGGGAUCUAAGGUUAAUCAGUGUUGUUUCCCUUCCCCCAAACAGUACAGGGAGUGUGGAGUUCACCUCCCCGUCUGGUGUGGCGUAGGUGAUGAGAGGUGCACACUGGCGUCCGGGUCCUCUCUUGUGUCCCCACAGGAGUGUCCUGCCGUGGCCCCGUCGUUCGCACCUGCUUCUGCGGGUGUUUCCUCUUGCCUCAGACCCCUGUUUGGUUGUCCUUUGCCUAAUGAAUCUCUUUAGAAUUUCCUUUAGUGAAGGUCACAGUCAUAAGUUCUCAAUUCUCUUUGCCGGGGAAAGUUCUGUUCUUGUUCUCAAAAGAUGGUUUGGUCAGGAAUACAGCACUCGGUUGGCAGGUUUUGCCCUAAGCAAGUGGGGUGUGGGUCGCGUUGGUCUCAUCACUGCUGCCGAGGGUUCCGCAGCCAGUUUUGUCCCCAUUCCUCAGAGGGGCUCAGCCUGGUCUCUGUCUUUGCUCUUCCGCGGCUCCCUAGACGGUGAAGGGACUGCAUCCGUGUGCUGCUGGCUCCUCCCUCCAUUGUGCGAGCCUGGGGUCCUAUUGCCUCACAGGCUGCCUCUCCCACAUUCUCUGUUUCUUAUCCUUCUCCAACUCCAGCCACGCAUGUGUCAGACCUCCCCCGCAGUCAUCAGUGCUUGUCACCAGCCCUUCCGUAUUUUCCAUUCCCCUGUGGUCUUUGCUUCGUUCUGGACGAUUUCUUCAGACCUACUUUCCAGUACACAAUUUUUCUUACCAGUUACAUCAGAUUUGCUGUUAAACUCUUUCAGAUUUUAUUUUCAACAAUUAUCAUCUUCGAUUUUGUUAGUUCUUUUUUGUUUUUCUAAUUUCUUGUAUUUUCAUAGCUUUUUGUCCAUCACAUUUUUUUCUUUCUUUUUUUUAAAGAUUUUAAUUAUUUGACAGAGACACAGCGAGAGAGGGAAUACAAGCAGGGAGAGGGAGAGGGAGAAGCAGUCUCCCCACUGACCAGGGGGCCUGAUGUGGGGCUUGAUCCCAGGACCCUGAAACCAUGACUUGAGUCAAAGGCAGAGGCUUUAACCCACUGAGCCACACAGGCACCCUUAAAAGGCAUUUUAUUCAGUAAAAUUUUUAAUGACUAAAGACUGAAACCAGCUCAAAUAGCAUUGAGAACUGAGUUUUUUUUGGCAUUGUAAAAUGAAGUUACAGAUUUAAGAUCAAUGAACUUAAUAGAUGCCUUGUAGUCCUAAAUUUGAAUUAGAAGCAUUGCAAUAUGCUCAUUACAUAUACUUAACAUGUUCCAAUAUGGGUAUAUUGUUAAAUCAGUGUUAUUACUGAAAAGACUGGAUGCAUUUGUAGGAGUCAAGGAAGUUAUUAAAGGAUGCUAAGGUCAGACUCAGGGGCCAGCUCAGCUAGGGGCCCCUGUCCAGAGACACAGCGACUUGCUCAUCAGUGAGAAUCACAAUUGCAGUUGAAUGAAACAGAUCAAAUAUAUUUAAGCCUUUGAGCUCA